CGGACAGCAAACCACCAAAGCGACCGACCAAAAGCUGUUGAGAGGCUGACAAAUUCGAAAGACGAGCGCGAAGUUUAAAAUAAAACGAACACUGUUGUUGUUGUUGCGUUUGUUAACAACAAAAUAUCAGGAACUGGGCGUUGCGCGUGCCACAACUGUAGCAGCAGCAAUAAAUGAAUACGAAUACGAAUACGAAUACGAAUGUGAAUGUGAAUGUGAAUCUAAAUGCGAGUGCUCGUCCCCAUCAGCGGGGGCAACAGUCGCGCCAGUGUCUUUUGUGUGUGUGUGGGUGAAUACAAAUCAAAAGACAAAUCCGAAUGUGUCUGUGAAUUGCAAUGUGUCCUUUAUAAAUCAACAAAAAUCACAUUUCCAAUUGCUGCGCAUUAGAACGGAUACAGCCAACAACAACAACAACAACAACACCACCAACAACAACAACAACAACAACAAGAGCAAAAGAUCUAAAGUCAAAGACGUCAAACGCCGCGUCAAACGCUGAUUGCGUCGUUGAGUUCUCGUAAAAUACAAAAAUAAUAAAAACAAAAAACGAAUAACGAAAAAAAAAAACGUGAAUCAUGUGAGAUUUGUGAAUGCUGUGAAGAAUGUGGCAAAUCAUUUGCAGCAGCCUCCAGGCUUAGGUGCCAUUCACACACGUGUCAAGCCCGUACAGUGCAGCAUAUCAUAUGGUGUAAUAUAUUGAAAUAUAAUCCGAAUCGACUUUUUGCUAAGCCCGAGCUCGAGAGCACGUCUAGACUCCUACACUUGUGCUCUGUGAGAAAAAAAAGCAGAGCCAGAAGCACAAACAAGUCAAAUAACAAAUAUGCAUGUGUGUUCUAUGCCGUGGGGCAUGACAAGCUACUUGAGCUGAUGAAACUCGGAUUAAAAACAAAAACAAGCGAACAACAACAACAACAGCAACAAAAACAACAACUUAAUAACAACAACAAUAACAACAACAACAACAACGAAUACAAAUACACAUAUCCAAGGUGUAACACGAAGCAGCCACCAAUCCUCGCACGCAAUAAAAUGCGCUGUCGACGGGCAGCUGAAGGAGCCACAGCAGCAGCAGCAGCAGCAGGAGGAGGAGGAGGAGGAGGAGGAGCUGCAAAGCCUGGCGCAAAAGUUGUUGCCAGGAGGGGCAGCGGAUUUGCUGUUGGAUCUGGAUUCAAGGGAGCUAGCAGCGUACUGCUGGCAUUUCUGGCAGCUGUCAGCUUUCGUGGCAUGCGCACCCCACUGGCAGCAAGUGCGUCAACAAUUGGCGACAACUCAUCGCUAAUUGCGGCAACAAACGGAGCAACUGAAACUAGCCCGGCAUCCACGACUGCCACAACAUUGCUGGGCAGGGUGGGCGUCAAUCAAUUGGCCAUUGAGCAGAGCACAACGGAACAGCAAACUGUGGACAUUUGGAGCGAGCGACCCGAUACGGCAACUUUGACAAAGGGCUUCUCGAUACCCACGUAUUUGCCACCGUUUCCGGAUUUCAUUGCUGCUGAUUUGCCCCAGACACUGACAACGACAAUGCCUUACAGCCGAAUCCCCGCGGGCCAUGACAAUGAUACCAGCUCCCUGCAAUCGGGUCUUAAUAAGCAACAACCGCACCAUCAGCUCCACUCGCAGUUCCAGUUCCAGCCCCAGCCACAUAUGCGUCUACAUGCCUACGACAGUGAACAAAAGGAGCAGCAGCUGCGGCGAGAGAAGCAACUGGCACGUGAGCGGGAGCAGCUGCCACGGCGACAGCUCAGUCUGCCGUCCCGGAAUGUUACAGUACAGGCGGGCCAGCAUGCCUAUCUGCCAUGUCAGCUGCAUCAGCACUCAAACAAGCCCCUCUCCUGGGUUCGGCUACGGGAUGAACAUAUCAUAGCCGUGGAUCACACAACCUUUAUCAAUGAUGCACGUUUCGCAGCGCUGCUCCAAUCAUCGCAGGCAAAUUUGACUAGCAGCCUAUUGGACGCCACAAACGGCAGCAGCCUCGGCUGGACGCUGCUCAUCAAAUAUGUCAGUCUGCAGGAUAAAGGCUGGUAUGAAUGCCAACUGGCCACCGAGCCAAAGAUGAGCGCCAAAGUGCAGCUGUUCGUGAUAACACCCAAAACGGAGCUAAUUGGCGAUAAACAGCGCUUUGUGAAGGCCGGCAGCAGAGUGGAGCUGCAUUGCAUAGUGCGCGGCACUCUGGAGGCUCCGAAAUAUAUAGUUUGGUAUCGUGAAAAACAGCAGGUGGUGUCGGCGAACGAGGCCAGCGGCAUUGAGAACGGCUGGUACACUCAAAUCGAUCGGAAUAUCUUUGGCAGCACGGAGCACAGUCGCAACACGAUUGGCAGUCUGGUCAUACCCGUUGUGCGUAAGACCCAUUCCGGGAACUACACCUGCGAGCCGGAAAAUAGUGAUGCAGUUUCCAUACAGCUGCAUGUACUCAGUGGAGAGUAUUCCGCCUCUGCAAUAAUGUCGACAGCUGCCGGCCUGUACAGACAUGAGCAUGGUUAUAAUAGUCUCCAUCAAUGGCUAAUAUUUCUGCUGGUGGCUCUCCAUAAGACAUGAGCACGUGGUAUCCAAAAUUGAGGCAUUAUCCAUUUAAGACAUAAGAUUAAUUUCUAGGUAAAUUGCACACCUUAUUAACUUGAUAUUACUGCCGACACUUUCGAAGGUGUUUGCAGAUUUCUUUCACAUCAUUUCAGCACCUUUUUUUUAUACAAUUUCUAGAUAUAAUAUGUCAUGUCCUUUGUUAUUGCUUUUGGAAUUAGAUUGCUAAGCAUUUGUAACUUUAAGCAUUCGAUUAUGUUUAAGACUAAGGGAUUUGCGUAAAUAAAGCCAGAGGCGUAUUGACUAAGAACCUAAAAA